AUGGAUCCGGCGGUGCAGACAGCAGGGCUCAGCGGGCAGAGGCGACGGGGAGUGCCCGCCAACCUCCGCAUCCAGCCCCCCGCUCAUGUCCAACAAAUAGCCAUCGCUCUCGCCGACUCGGACCCCUCCACCCUUUCUUCGGCAGAUUCAGACUAUCCCCCCUUCAAACCCUCAGAUCGCUCCGCCCGCAAAAACAUGAAAAAACUCUCCCUCGACCUCCCCUCGGCUCAGUCGUCGUCCGCAUCGCUCCUCGACCACCCCGCCGCUCCCAGUCCAGUCCCCUCCGAGCGCCCCCGCCGUCCCUCAAUCGCCUCACUCCCGACAAUUAAUGCCACCGCUUCCCUCUUCCACCGCAAGGACGAGGACGGCGGCUCGCCAACAGCGCCCUACGCCGACGGCCCCGUACAGAUCAUCCCAGGCAUAUGGAUUGGCUCAGAGGACAACGCCCGCGACUGGAAGGGCCUCAUCGAGCGAGGCAUCAGAUCGAUUCUCAACGUCGCAAAGGAGGUCGCUUCCCCAUUCGACACAGCCGCAGCCGCCUCACAGUCCCUCCGUCCCGUCGUCUCUACCCCCAAUUUCAGAGAUCGCAAGCACCCACACUCGACCUACUACCCGGCCCAUGUUCCCAGUGGUAGGCCCGCCAUGCACUACCUCAAGCUCCAGUGGUCCCAUGGUCAGCAGGAUCUCGUCAAGGACGGUUUCAAGGCAGGCAUGUCCUUUGCCGACGCAGCCUUGGAGCGAGGGGAAGGCUGUCUCAUCCAUUGUCAAUGUGGCAUAUCUCGAUCAGCCACAAUGGUCAUCGCUCUCGUUAUGCGAGCGGCAGCGGAGCACCAUACCUCUGUUCCUCCCGAGGUUUGGGAGUUGAAGGGUAUGCAAGGCGCAUAUUCAUUUGUAAAAGAAAAAAGUCCAUGUGUUGGCCCCAAUAUGUCUCUUAUUUAUCAACUUCUCGAGUACGAAAAACUCUUGAGAGGCGACAAGGGCUCCCCCAACGACUCUGAUGGUUCAUCAGGAACCGACGAGGAGGAAGAAUGGGGCCGUCGUCGUAGGAUGAUGGAGGAGGCUUCCGAUAACGAACCCGACGAACAGGAAAGCUCCCUGGUCAUGCAAGAAGCUCAUGCUUUGGACAAGGCCAUGGAGGAUCGCAUCGUCGCCCGCAAAUCCUCCGCCUCUUCCAUGAGUUCGUUGGGAUCAGGCUCCGGUCUCGGUAUGGGUCAUGCUUGGAGAAGUCGUUACUCGCGUAAGCGAACAGGCUCGAUAGCGAGCAACAAGACCAAUGGAAGCUUCCUCAGCGAGGAUCUAGUGGAGGAGGAUGAGGAGCAGGAGCUUCUAGGCGUUGGUGGGAACUCCGACAAUGACAGCCGUCAGGAGGCGUUAUCCUUGACCUCUUCACCAGACGAUGAGGAGCAUGACGGUACCCCCCGCAAUGUCUUGGUAAUGACACCAAGCCUAGCAACCGCACGUCCUCCGCCAUCCGCUCCUGUUUGGAAGACCUCGUUCACUGUUUCGCCUCCACCGAUGACCGCGGUGCGAUCGACUUUCGACAUCCCACCUCGCCCUCCUGCAAUCAAGCCCCUUGCAGCCAAGCCUCCCGCAAUCAUCAAGCCGAAACCAAUGAAACGCAAGCCAAUGGGUCUCAGUAUCCUGCCACCCGUCCCAUCAUCCCCGGUCAAUCUUGUCAUCGAAUCCGACGAAUCUGCCGAACCCGCGCCUGUCGAACCUCGGACCGGCCCCAAGGUGGCUCUACCGCUGCUCCCAGUCCGACAACGGUCCGAUUCCCGAAAACUCGCCCCGCCGCCCAAGCAGCUCCGACACAGUCUCCUGCGGACAGGAUCGAUGAGCUCGACAGAGUCGGUUUCGGUCGUGUCGACGCCGUCGCAGACGCUCUUCGUGUUCCCGCCGUCUCCAACGCUCACCACACGCACGCCAUCGACAAUGACGCUCACAACGAACGGACCAGUGCCAUUUCCCAGCCUGUCGACGCCGCGGGUGUCUACGUUCCGUUCGAAGGGGAGGACGCGGUCGUUCAUCGGAUUAGGAGCUCCGCCUACACCGACCGUUGCGUUCUCAAAGGUCGAUGUUCGCGGGUAUGUCGGUCUCGAAUAG